UGGUUGCACGUAUAUAAUAGAGUGAGUAGCCGUUUCCUUCUCGUUUCUGUUUUCUGUCCCUUUCAUCCCAACUGAAUCAAUUCUUCAAACACCCAUCAACUUCAACUUUAUUGGUACCGCCUCCACAUCCUCCUGACAACUCCAACACCUUUUUCACACUCCUCUUACGAAACCAUCAAAUCCGGUCGAACACGUCGACUGGAUCAAUCAGCAACACCUAAACUCCCUCCACCACAGAUACACAACAUGCCUGUCCGCGUUCCCAAGCUUCCCGCUGCCAAACCCUCAGAGAUCUUCUGCAUGGGUGCGGCCGGUGUUGGCGUUUUGACACCCCUCUAUCUCGUCAUGCCUGGCGCUGAGGAGCGUCUUUCCAACCAGACCAACAAGUGGGCUCCACGAUGGGAGAGGAACGUCAGCUACUUCAUUCCUCCCAUGGAGAAGGGCGUCCAGCGCAUCGAGCCUCCUGUGUCCAGAAUGGUCCAACGUGUUGAGGACCGUCUUCCUCUUGAAAAGAUGGCCAAGUCAGUCGACAAGGGCAUUCGAAGUGGUAUCGCUCGAUUCAAUGGCGAGAACAAGCCCUAAGAACAUAUUUCAUCUGUCUGCGACCAGCCUUUACCGGGAGCGGGUCUUUCCUUUGUACAUUAUCAUUAGCAUACCCCGGGUAGAUGACACAUCGUUCACGAAAACCCAUACAUGAAUUCAAUGAUCUUAUCUUGAUAUGAA